AUGGAGACCGCAAAAGUACUUGUUCGGGGAGAAACUAGUGGUGUUCUUAAAGAAAUGAGAGCCUUCGAGUUUGUGUUUUGUCUGAUUUUGAUGUAUAGAGUCAUGAAAGUCACUGAACAUCUUUGCCAAACACUACAGCGAAAAGCUAUUGACAUCCGAGCUGCAUUGAAUUUUGUGGGACAUACAAAAUCGCUUGUUCAAGAUAUGAGAGAUGAUGGUUGGAAUGAUUUUUUGGUGGCCCUUACUUCAUUCUGUGAGAAACAUAACAUCGAUAUGCCUGAUAUGACUGCUCGUUACUUGGAUGGCACGGGUCGUCCAUGUCAACAACAAAAUUUUUUCACCAAUGAGCACCAUUGUUGCAUAGAGGUACUUCUUCUUGGUAAAAGCUUUUAUCCUCAAGAUUUUUUGCAAGAUGACUUACUUUCUCUAGAAGUAGAGUGUGCAUAUUAUAUGAAGGAUAUAGUUGAGAAUGCAACAUUUCAUAACUUAGAUUCUAUAUUUGAUUUAUGUCGGCAACUUGUCCAAACAAGGAAGUCAGAGUUUUUUCCGAUGAUAUAUAGACUGAUUUGUUUAGUGCUGACCCUUCCUGUUUCUACUGCUACCACCGAGAGAGCUUUUUCAUCCAUGAACAUAAUAAAAAACAAACUCAGAAACAAGAUAGAAGAAGAAUUUCUUGAUGAUUGCAUUGUACUCCACAUUGAGAAGGAAUUUGCUGGAGCAGUUGAUAAUGAGGUGGUGAUCAAAGAUUUUGAAGAUUUAGUUCCACGUAGAGUAAAAUUUAGUUAG